GGACAAUAUCUUCUCGGGGGCAGCCAGCAUGCUCAGGAGGGGUUGUGCAACAGAGACAACCACGACAGUCUCACGUCUUUCCAGUCGCAGCGGGAGAGGAUGAUACUCCCCACUGCGGAGAAGGAGGCGAUGUGGAAGUUUUCGAAGACGAAGGGGAGUACGACGAAGAAGGUGAAGGAGAGGAAGAGGUACGAGAUGAAGAGGAAGAAGAAGAGGAAGACGGAGAGGCAGGAGAAGAAGGAGCAGAAGACGAAGGACGAGCCGACGAAGAAGAAGAAGGAGAGGACGAGGAAGGAGGAGAAGAAGAACCAAUGGAGGAGGACGGUUGUUGGCAGAGAGAGUUCCUCGAGUCGCGGCCUGUUCACGUUGACUUCAAGUAAGCGAGAAGCAGCAACUCAGACUCCGACGACCAGGAAGACCACGAAGGGUGCGAAGACGCAGCGCCGCAAAGAUGUGAUUUCUCCUCAAACCAUUGUGGAGUCUUCUGGUGGUUUGGAAAGGGGAUCGGGCACAAAGAAGGCCCCAAAGUGGAAAAAGAUGGCGUCGGGUUCGGGUAAGGGGAAGGCGGGCGAAGAGGGACUCCAGGUUCCCCAAGGUUUUGUGCCGACCGAGCGUGUGGAAGAUUUGACAAAGACUUGGGAGGAGCUGAAGAGUUUGAAGGAGAUGAAACUCUCGCACGAGUCCUUCUAUCUUCCAAUGAGCUGUUUGAAGAGGCCGCCCCUCGUAAAUGGGAAAAAACCGUUGGAGGUGCGAGAGCUAGACGAGGAUCAUGUGCAGUCCAUAAUGGACUCCAUGCUGAAACAUCCAACUGGGGAUCAUCUUCCCUUCGUCAGCCUCAUCGACCCUGGACAAGCCAGCCGGAAAGAAGAGGUGGAUCCGGCGGCGCUGAGAAAUGGCCACUACGACAUUUCCAUCCUUGGUGGCAACCACAAUCGGGAGGCUAGGGAACGGUUGUCUUGCAUGAACCCCGACAACGACGACUACAAGUGCAAUGUCUGCUACGUUUACGUUGGCCUCACGGUCGACGAGGCGAGGCAGGUUGCCCACAUGCACAACCUCGCCGCCGGCUACCACCGGGACUACAGCUUCAUCGAGAAGCUAAGGUGUUGGCGACAAGUCUUUGAGCGCGUGGGGGCCGUCAAGUCGGCAGAAGUUAAACUCGCUUGCCUGAAAGAAGCUAUGAUUCCGAACGCGGCGAAGAAAUUGGGAGCCCAAGACCCGUUGCUGCAGUGUGCUUUCAAGCCCAAAGAAAUUUGGGACCUCAUGUGCAAGAUAAUGAACAUGUGGCAGAAGGGUGAGGUCAAAGGCCAGAAACUAAAGCCGGCAGCGAAGAGCAUCCUCAAAUCGGAUCAGGAUCUGGAAUCGAGCGAGUCAGAGGGCAGAGUGAAAAGCCAACGUGGGAAGAGGCUUGAAAGGGCAGCUGCGAAGGAGCAAGAGAUGGCGCUUUUGCACCCUCGGGUGCAAAUGCAGGGUAACAAAGUCCCCAUGGUCGCCGACAACAUGCCCCCGCAACAUUGGAUAGCCAUGGGAAGUAUGGCUCCAGAGCACGCCGUCCCUAUCCUCCUUGAGGUCAUUGCGAAACAGAUCUCGCUCAGCGAGAUGAAGAAGAAGUUCCAGCUUGUCAAACAAGUCGCGUACGUCUGUAAGACCUUCGCAGUGGGGGUGGGUUGUGCUGACUUCAAGGAGGCCGAGAAACAGUAUCUUCUCCACACGAAGAAAGACAUGUUGGAGAAGCUCGCCGGUGGCGUCAGGAGGGGUCAGAAGAGUAUCCCCGCACUGGAUGGCCAUAUUAAAAGGGCUUUGGACUGGAAGAGUAAGGAGAGGAGACUGCAGGCAAAGGAGGCUCUUCACUCGUUCCGUUCGGCACCUCUCACGGAGCCCUUCGUCGACUGGACGGAGGUGAAACAUGAGAACAACGCGACAGAAGUAAAAAUUAUCAAUGGCGACAUGCGCCUGCUGUCAAAGCUGCAGACAGAGAAGCUGCCGAUUUCGCUGGCGAUUUUUGACUUCCCUUACGGCUUCGCCCACGAGGGACAUGCGUCUGAUCAUGAGCCGUUUCCGGAGUCGGACGUUCUGGAGGUUCUUCAGAAUCUGAAGGAUGUGUCUAGUGCCCCCUUGUGGACAGUUGCGGGAUUUUGUUCAGUGGACAUGCUUCCUUCCAUUCGCUCCGCGUUUAGAGAAGUAUGCAAUGCAGGGCAGGAGGUUUUGACGUGGUGCAAGCCCAAUGUGACGAAUCCCGGUGGGCCCCGGCUUGGCGACUUCAUUCACCCAUGCGUGGUGAAGGAAGCCCGCUUAUUCAAGACAGGGUCUCCGACUCCCAUCUCCGUUACCCUAGGGGAUGACAAGACCCAACGCUUCUUCGAUCAGACGGUCACCGACCUCCCCUUCUUCCUCACUCUCGAGCCGACUGAUCGUUCCCCGGCGUCUCGUCGCCACCGCUCCUUUGCACAUUUCGAUGUGAUGGAGACGGGGUACGACUUCAUUCUCGACACUCCGUGGUCUCGUCGGUUCCGCAGCACCGAGGCCGAUUGGGCGACCAACACUCUCGUUCUCAAAACGAAGUGUGAACAGAUGUAUCGCGUACCUUUCAUAGGUACCACGGCGGCACCACGCCCCGAUCCUCCUCCCCCGGAGCCUUCAGUGCCCACACCAUCUCCCUCUAUCACUGUCACCUCGCCUCGGCAGUUCGCUCACUUCAUUCGACAGGACGACGUCACCUUCUUUAUGGCGGACGUGACGGAUCUCUUACACUAUGAUCCACCCUGUCCCGAYGYCGAGCUCAWCCCUYUGGAGCCAGAUCCUCCCUCUAUCUCCAUGGCUCCCAUCUCUACUUCCGUCCCUCCGCUGUCCGUCGAGUCCACCCCGCCGUCGCGCGCUGACGCUGACAUUGAGGAACUCGCACGAUAUACGGCUGACUUGGAGCCCGCAGUUCGUGACCUCAUCCGAGAGUACCACGACGUUUUCCCAUCGACGUUCUCGUACGCCGGCAUCCCACCAAUGCGUGACGUCGAGCACUCCAUUCAGCUUGUGUCUGACUAUCGUGUUCACCACCAGGCACCCUACACACUCUCGAUCCCCGAGGCCACCGAACUCAAGCGUCAGCUUGAGGAGCUCCUGAGACUGGGUUUCAUUAAACCCAGCAACUCCCCGUGGGGUGCACCCGUCCUCUUUGCUCGCAAAGCGGACGGAACUCUCCAUCUCUGCAUCGACUAUCCCGGUCUCAACCGCUACACGAUCCGCGUCGUUGCAGCCGACCAGCCGAAGACUGCGUUCCGAUCGCGAUUCGGCCACUACGAGUUCACGGUGAUGCCAUUCGGCCUCACUAAUGCUCCCGCUACCUUUCAGAGGGCGAUGAACGACAUCUUCAGGGACAUCCUGGAGCAGUACGUUCUCGUCUGCUUCGACGAUAUCCUGGUCUACAAUCGUACCCUUGAGGAGCACCUCAGACAUCUCCGCGACGUCCUUGACCGCUUGCGCAGACAUGGCUUCUACGCCAAGCUGAGCAAGUGCCGCUUUGCCCAGCACAAAGUGGAUUUCUUAGGACACUACGUGUCUGACCAGGGUCUCCACAUGGACGACGCGAAGAUCGCUGCUAUUGCGGAGUGGCCCGCUCCCACAUCCGCCAAGCAGCUUCGCAACUUCCUAGGCCUGACCAGCUACUACAGUAACUUCAUCCGGGGAUACGCUAGGUAUUCCUACGUCCUUACCUCCACCCUCCUCUGGAAGAACUCACCCUGGGCUUGGACACCCCUCCACGAGGACGCCUUCCGCGCCCUCAAGAAGGCGGUGACAUGUGCACCGGUUCUUCACCUACCCGAUUUUGACCGCCCUUUUAUCCUUAUUACCGAUGCGUCAGACUUGAGGGACUUUAUCCCUGAGGGUCAUUGGCAGUCCAUCUCGAUGGACUUUAUCGGUCCUCUUUGUCCUCCGACCCCUCGCGGUCAUGAUGCUAUCCUGGUCGUCGUCGACCGCUUCACGAAGCGUGCACGCUUUGUUUUGUGCCGCUAUGCCAUCAGUGCACGUGAGGUCGCCGACAUCGUGUUUGACCGAGUCGUGCGUGACCACGGCUUACCUCUGAGCAUCAUAUCUGAACGUGACCUGCGCUUUACCAGCCGAUUCUGGCGACGCGUCCACGAGGUAUACGGCACUCGGCUCCGCUUCUCCUCGUCUUACCAUCAUCAGACUGAUGGUCAGACCGAGAUCACGAACAGGACUCUCGGAGAUAUUCUUCGAAAGAUUGUUCGUGACGACCAGCAGUGGGAUCUUCAUCUUGCCCACGCAGAGAUAGCCUACAACCACGCCGUCUCGCCAGCCACGGGGAUGUCGCCUUACUAUUGCGACCUCGGCUAUCACCCUCGUGUUCCCGCAGACUUCCUUCGACCGUCCCAGCUGCACCCCGACACGAGUUGUCCCGCGCUGGACGAUUGGGUUGCACACAUGACGUCGAUCAUGAAGACCGCCCAUGAGCACAUAGCCGCUUCCCAGACUCGCAUGGCAGCACGUGCGAACCGAUCGAGGAUGGAUCAUUCAUUCAAAGUCGGUGAUGAUGUGCUUAUCGAGGCCCGCCACUUAUAGCUCGAAGCGAACACGCUUCGCAAGUUUUGGCGUCGCUUCUUUGGCCCAUGCCGCAUCCUCCUGGCCGUCGGUUCUGAUACGGCAUCUAGCCCGGUCAGCUUCCGUGUGAAGCUGCCCGACAACCUACUCCAGGCUCGUGUGCACGAUGUCUACCACGUC